AUGUCGACCAUGAGAGCAGCCAGAUUCUACGGCAACAGAGACAUUCGCGUCGAGGAUGUCCCGGUUCCGGAAGCAGGGCCGGGAGAAUGUGUCGUCGAAGUCGAAUGGUGCGGCAUAUGUGGGAGCGAUUUGCACGAAUACGCCGCCGGGCCGGUCCUGAUGUCAACGGUCGACGCGAAGACCGGGGACCCCAAACCCUUGACUCUAGGGCACGAAUUUUGUGGUCGUCUCAAAUCCGUCCCCGAGGGAUCGAAGUUGAAGGUCGGCCAGGCCGUCAUGGUCGACCCGCACUGCAUAUGCCGCCAGUGUCUCUGUUGCACGUCUGGGAACGACCAAAUGUGCCAGAAGCUGGCCUUUCUAGGAGGCCACAACGAGCGUGGGGGCGGACUGUCCGAGUUUGUCGCGGUCGAAGAGGCGCAUUGUCUACCCCUGCCGGACACGGUCAGCUUGGAGUCCGCUGCGGUGAUCGAACCCCUGGUUGUGUGUCACCAUGCCGCCAAGGUCGCGGGUGUCAACUUGAAGGGCUUGGACGUGCUGAUCCUGGGUGGAGGGCCCGUGGGCAGUGCUCUGAUUUCAAUCCUCCGGGCGCACGAGGUGGGCAGGAUCUUCUUGAGCGAGCCGACCGCGAAACGAAAGGAGCAGAACAAAGAAGUCGUCGAUCGGGUCAUUGAUCCGCGCUCGGAAAAGGUGGGCGACGUUUGUCGAGAGCUGACGGGUGGCAAAGGUGUGGAUGUCGUGUUUGAUUGUGCUGGCGUGCAGCCUGGGCUGGAAGCCGGUUUUGACGCCCUCAAGCACUCGGGCACCUAUGUCAACGUCGCUGUCUGGGAGAAGCCGAUCCAGAUUCAGUUCCUGAUGUUCUUCUUCAAGGAGAUCAACAUCAGGAGUUCGUGCUGCUACAACGAAGAGGACUUCAAGGAGGUCAUGGAGUUGAUGAGCAAGGGUGCGUUCAAAGGAUAUGAACGAAUGGUGACGAGUCGGAUAUCACUUGAAGAUACCCAGUCCAAGGGGUUUGAGGAAUUGAUCAACAACAAAGACGAUCAGAUCAAGAUCCUGAUCUCUCCGAAGGUCAAGUAG